UCUGUUAAAAGAAACACGAAAUUUUGAAACAUUUUCCUAUUUAUAUGCUUUCUCAUUAGUUUCAGGAAAUAUUAAGGAUCAAUUGUUAUGGAGGUUGAAUUAGGUCUAAAGAUAACAAGAACAAAAGAUGACACCACUUCCAUUUCUGAUUUUCAGUUUGCCAAAGACAGAGCAGGACCUAUCUUCUUAUCUAAAGAAACUGAUGCAACUUUCACCCUCACAGCACAUCUCAAAGGUUAUAAGAAAGAGAACAUUGACAUCAACAUUAACAAAGAUGGUACAAAAAUUUCAGUUAGUGGUGAAAAAGAGGUGCAAGAAAUGCAGAUGAUACCAUUCAAGAAAGAGCUGAAAAUAAAAGGAUUUAGAAAGAAGUUUAAAAUCCCUAAUGGAGUUGUUUUGGAUAAGAUCAAAGCUAAGUAUUACGAAGAGGAAGAAGUGUUGAGAAUAGUGAUGCCAAAAACGGAAAUAGUAAAAGGAGUACUGAGUGGGAUGGGAAUAGAAGAAGUGAAGGAAGAAGAGGGUGCAAGUAGCAUUAUAGAAGAACCAGAACAAAGUUCAAGAGAAGAAGUAAAGGUUACAGAUCAUAAGAGUGAAGAGGAAAAUGCUCCUGUUAAGAAGAGACGUCCUAGAAAACCAUGGCAACCUUGUCCACCUUUGAUUCUUGGAGGAUCAACUUUGCUUGUCUCUAUUAUCUUUCUUGUAAUGCACUAUAUUAGAGUGAGAAAGAGUUGAUAUUUCUUUUUUGCCAAGUUGAUUCAAGGAUAUUUUGUUUUCUUUUUUUAAAUUUGGAGGGUAAAUUAAAGUUGUAUAGUGUUGAAAAAACAACAUACACAAAUUAAGAAGUUAUGAUACAUAGACACCUUUAAGUG